AUGGCCUCACUCAACCUUCAGCGAACACCAUACCCAACCGGAGACACUGAAGAUGAUAUCCGGAAAGACCCGACACUAUGUCGAACAUGCUGGAAUCUCUAUGCAGGGUCGACUGCCACUGUUGUUCCUCUGGCUGGUAUAGCCAUGCAUGAAAACUCUGGAUCCAUCAACGCAGAGAGAGCGGCUACGGCUGGUAAGCUAGAUGAAGCUCCUGCUUGGGCAGGACGAGGUCGUAUCGACUAUGCUUCGUGGCAAAUCAGUAUCUAUCUCCCCGAUGUCCCUGGGACAGUAGCUAGAGGUUGCCCGUCUUGCUUCCUUCUACAAGAAGUCUUGAUGAAGUUGACCAAAGGAUCAGUGGAUCUCAAUGAUCCUGAGCUCUGGUUAGACAUUGUCUUCUGCAAGGGAAACGUCUUAAGGAUGAAGCUUAUCCGUGGGAGUCCCCCUGACGACUUUGAUAUGUUCUCUUCUGGUGGCGGAAGCACAGAUGGAGACCUUCUUGAGAGCUUCGAAAUAUACACCCUCCCUGGCUCACCCUGCCCAUGGCCUACUAUUGGCUCGGCCAUGAACGUCGAGCGUCCUGACUGGAGUCUUCCUGCUGAAAUUGGUGGACAUGCAAGCCAUAUCGAGCCAGAUCCAACAUCCAAGUCAUCUUUCGACAGGGUCAAAAGUUGGAUCAAAACCUGCAAGGCUACACACACAAUUUGCACAGAAGGCGAAGCCUCAUCAAACCCUCAGCUUCCAAAGCGAGUCAUUGAUAUUGGACCUGAUACCAACGACGGAAUCCAUAUCUUUGUUCACGAUGACGCCACACAGCAGAUUACAGAACCAUAUAUCGCAUUGUCUCACUGUUGGGGUAAGACCCAGCACCUGAUCUCGACAAAGGCAACUCUUGACCAGUGGAAGCAAAACAUCCCUUUCAACCGCUUCGCCAAAACAUUCCAAGAUGCUGUUACCAUCUCGAGAGAGUUGGGUAUUCGAUAUGUUUGGAUAGACUCACUUUGCAUCGUUCAAGAUGAUAAGCAAGAUUGGGAAAUCGAAGCAGCCAAGAUGGCGUCCAUCUAUAACGGCGCAGAGCUGGUUUUGGCUGCCACUGGAUCCGCCGAUGGUUCUGGUGGCUGCCUAUUUCAAAGAGAGCCUUUCGUCACAGUUUCCGGAACAUUUCCAGAUGGAAAGCCAUUCGAGAUUUAUGGUCGAAAGGUGGCUAAGCAUGCAGUCUUUGGUUGGAACACAGACCCGAACAGGUCGAAGGGAUCUUCAAACCCUAUCGCUGGAACCACGAUCUCCGAGGUCUAUGAUUACCCUUUGAUGACAAGAGCUUGGUGUUUCCAAGAAAGGCUGUUGGCAACUCGAAUUCUCCACUAUACCAAGAGUGAGAUGAUCUUUGACUGUCUAUCUUCAAUGGAGUGUGAGUGCGGUGCCCUGGAGAAACACGAGGAUGACCCGCUGGUACCUGCUCGCCGAAUCAUGAAGACAGGACACAAGUUCAUCACCGGAACAAAGAGCUAUAGAGGCUCAUCUACCAACCCCGCAGUCCCUCUCAAGGGAGAGAACAAAGAGUUCAUAGAGCACCAUGAACUCUGGCGAGACUUGAUUGUUCAGUAUUCCCAAAAGGAUAUCACCAAGCGAACUGACGGUCUCCCAGCUGUCGCAGGACUGGCUACAGAGUGGUCCAAUAAACUUACAGGAAGAUACCUCGCAGGCCUCUGGGAGAAGGAUCUGCUCAACGAUUUACGUUGGAUGCCAGAUGAGAAAGACUCCGGCGAGGAACCACAGUAUAUCGCACCGAGCUGGAGCUGGCUUAGCGUUCAUCGUGGCGUGACAUGGGGAGUUGAGAGCUUUGAAUUUGACAAGUUCUUCGUGACCGUGGAUUUUAAUCGUACAGCAUGCCCUCUCAGCGGGCAUAACCAGUUUGGAGCUGUCGACUCUGGCUACAUCUUUCUAACCGGCCGCAUCAUGCCCAUAACCUUUUCCAUCGAUGGAAAUAUGGUUUGGUUAGAAAAGCCAGGGAAUGAUACGAGAAAGCCAUUUGACAGGCCGGAUAGUCUUUGGAGGUUGCGAAACUUGAAGAAUAAUGAGCUAUUCUGCCUUAGGUUCUCAACAAGAAUGAGUACGAGAAAUGCUUGGGAUGAUGAUGCGGCGUUGGUGUUGGUCAAAGCAGAUGAGAUGAUUUUGAAAAAGCAGCCUGAGGAGGUUCAGAAGUUUGAGAAUGUUUACCAGAGGGUUGGGUUUAUCACGAAUUAUAUGACGCAGGGUUGGAAUCAUGAGAGGGACUCCAAGGAGAUGGGCAUGUAUAUCAUUUAG